AUGGGCGGUGUAAUAUCCUUCAUCUCAUUACGACAUCACAACGAAAGAGAUCUAACUCCGAGUAAACAGGUUCGCACCAGAAACGGUCUCGUUGAAGGAUUCAGAAUUAAAAUCGAUGAUGAGAAAGAGGUUGAUCUGUUCCUUGGAAUUCCAUUCGCCAAACCUCCAGUAGGCGAUCUACGUUUCAAGAAUCCCGAACACACUGAUGAUUGGGACGGUGUCAGAAAAUGUGUGCGAUUCGGACCACGAGCACCACAAGCCGACUUUUUCUGGGAGCGCUUUACCCUUGGGGUCGGAAAAAGCGAAGACUGCCUCUACUUGAACGUCUUUUCUCCAACAUGGAAAGCUGAAGAGGUAUCUAAUGGGCUUCAUCCGGUAAUGGUUUAUGUUCACGGUGGAGGUUUUCUGAUUGACUCGGCUGUCAAAUAUGGUGACGAAGGAAUCGCAAAAUAUCUAUGUCGUCAUGGAGUGGUUGUCGUCACAAUUCAAUACAGACUGGGACUCCUCGGCUUCUUCUCUACUGGUGAUCAAGUUUGUCCGGGAAACUUGGGACUUUGGGAUAUGACAAUGGCACUUCAAUGGGUCAGAGACAAUGUGCACGCGUUUGGAGGGGAUCCAAGAAAAGUUACUGUAUUCGGCCAAAGUGCAGGAGGUGUCAGUGUGGAUUUGUUGUCGUUAAGUCCACAUUCAAGAGAUCUGUUCCACCAAGUUGUUCCAAUGGCCGGAAAUGGUGAAUGUGAAUGGAGUACCGUUGGAAAGAACAGGCUGGUCAAUGCUUGCAGAGAUUUUGCUUUUAGGAAGUGUUGGGAUGAAAAACAGGCUAAAGAUGAAAAUGCAAGUGAAAGCAUGUUAGCCUUCUUACGAACCAAGAAAGAGAAAGAGUUUGAGAAGAGAUUGCUCACUAGAAAAGGUGUUGAUGUCUCCAAAAUCGGACUUGAUCUUGCACCAGUCAUUGGAACGAAACCGAGUGAUUUUCUUCCAAAGUCAAUAGAAGAACUCCGAAAGGAAGCACCCAAAAAGAACAUAAUGGUCGGAACUUGUGAGCACGAGGGACUCCUUUUUGCUAGUCUCGGACCCAGCAAUUUUGAUGAAAAAGGAAUUGACAAACUACUGGCUCUCUUGAUCACUGAGGAAAACCAUGAGGAUUUCGAAGCAUUGAGAGAAGAAGCAAAAACAAUGUAUCUCAAGAAGGAAUCAGAGGAUGAGGAUGACAAAGAGGUAGCCGCCAGAGGAUAUAUUCAGUUGUACAGCGACUUAUUUGUGAAUAACGGCACCUAUAAUUAUGCGGAGAAGAUGACUAAGCUGGGCAACAAAGUUUUCAUGUACUCCUUCGAUUACUGUAAUCCAAGAAGCUUCGGAAUUCUUUCACUUCGUGCUCCAUUCAGAGCUGCUACUCACUGUACAGAACUCGCUUACAUUUUCGGAGUAUCAAUUGUCUUCAAUUACAAGUACAAUGAGGCGGAUAAGACAAUGCUCGACUUGAUGACCAGAAUGUGGACCAAUUUUGCCAAAUACGGAAGCCCGAAUGGUCAGUAUGAGGACUCCACAGUUUUUGAUUUCAAAUGGGAACCCACCAACAAAGAUGAGCUCACACAAUUUUUGGCUAUUAACGAGAAGAAGUGUGAAAUGAAGACCGUCUACCAGGACAAUAGAGCAGAAUUCUGGAAAAAAAUCAAAAUCAGUGCCAAGAGUGGCUAA